AUGGAGCAGCACGGGUACAAGCAUUUCAGCCACUCGCACAACCUCAUCAUGCACCAACUGCCUGAAGGUGUCGAUGUCUCCUGCUCCGGUUGCAACUCUUCCGGCGACGGCACUGUGUACAUUUGCUGGCAAUGCAACUUCUUCCUACACGAGCAAUGCUACAGGGCAACACGAUCUUUGAAACACCCAUCACACCCUCCUCAUCCUCUCACCUUGGUUCCUUACCCUACUUAUCCUUCUAAUUCCUUCUACUGCAAUUCCUGUGAAAUCAUCGGAAGUGGCUUAUCUUACUCCUGUGCUCAUUGUGAGUUCGACCUUCAUGUUCAAUGCGCUUAUUCCAUUUCAAGAGCUACCAGCUUCCAAAAAGCUCAUCAAUACCCUACAAAUUAUUACGAUCAUCAUCACCAAGAACUAGUUCCACCAAACACGGCUCACAAUGCCCCCUUUGUUUCUGUUCCCGAUAAUCUUCAACAACUUCAACUCACUGCUUCUCAGAAUCAUUACACAGAUCCCAAUCCGCAUUAUGUUUCUAUUCCUAACCCUAUUAAUAUUAGCGGACAAUAUCAUUCUACAGGUCAAAAUGGGCAUACAGUUUCCAUUAUUACUAGUUCCCAGUAUCCUUCCAUGGCUGAAGCUGGACCUUCUGUUUCCAUCCCCGUUAAGGAUCCUGUUAUCAGUGCCCAAUAUCCUUCCAUGGCUCAAACUGGACCUUCUGUUUCCAUUCCCACUAGUUCUCAAGAUCCUGUUAUCAAUACCCAAUAUCCUUCCAUAGCUCAAACGGGACCUUCUGUUACCAUUCCCACUAGUUCUCAGGAUCCUGUUAUUAGUGCCCAAUAUCCUUCCAUGGCUCAAACCGGACCUUCUGUUUCCAUUUCCACUAGCUCUCAGGAGUCUGUCACAAAUACUCAAUAUCCUUCCACUGUUCAACCUAGACCUUCUGUUUCUAUUCCCGCUAGUCCUGCGAAUCAGGUUAAUAGCACAGGAGAUUCUUCAAAGCCUCAAAAUGAACCUUCUGUUUCCAUUCCCACUAGUUAUCAGAAUCCAGUAACUAGUCCACAAUAUCCUCCCGUGGAUGUCUCUUCUGUUUCUAUUCCUACCAAUAAUCUGAAUCCUAUACCUAGUGAACAAAAAUUUAACAUGGCUCAAAACGUUGCUUCUUCGGUUUCUGCUCCUAAUGCUUCUCCUUAUUGUCAACCUGAAAAUCAUAUUGAAUCUGGUCAAAACCAACCGAAUCAUAAAGGAAUCAUGCACUACAGUCACCCUCACAGUUUACGUAUGGUCAACUUACAAGAUGAAGAUAAUGAGAUUGAAUGUUCAGGAUGUGAAGAAACUGUAAAUGGAAAGGGCUAUUCAUGUGCUGAACCAAAUUGCAACUUUCAUCUUCAUGAAUCAUGCUUUCAACUGAAACAACGGAUCCAACACAAGUCACACCCGGAACACCCUCUAACUCUCCUCCCAUUAGCACCUUACAACAAUGAAAAUGGUGAAUUUACUUGCAAUGCAUGUUUUAGCGAUGGUACAGGCUUUACCUAUCACUGUUCUAUUUGUAAAUUUGAUCUACACAUCCAGUGUGUAAGCUUGCCUGAAACAGUGACAAGGAGCGAUCAUGAGCACUUGCUUAAACUGUAUUACUCAUGUCCAGUGAAAGGUGACGAGUACACAUUCACGUGUGAUGUUUGUCAUGUGGAUGUCCAAAAGGAUCGUUGGACUUACUACUGUGAAUCAUGUGAUUAUGGUACGCAUUUGGGUUGUGUGGAUUGUGAAGAAUGUGUUGUAGACAGUAUUCUUGAUACCCAAAUGCAGCUCCAGAGGCUUCAGUUGCAAAUGGAAAUGUCGAGACAGAAUGCCCAGUUCGUUGCUAGUAUGGGUGCAAGCCUGUUAAGCUUGGUUUAG